AUGUCAGCAGCAGAAAUUAACGGACUGACCGAAAAGACAGACAAAUUGUCUGUCAACGAGCCAACGGCCACUGAAACCCCAGCAACCACUGCCGAGGAAUCAUCAGCCGCUGAGUCUACCCAAAACUCGGAAACCCUGGCCUCCCUUUACGUGGGUGAGUUGGACCCUUCUGUCACCGAAUCCGAUCUUUUCGAGGUCUUCUCGCCUAUUGGACAGGUUUCCACCAUCAGAGUCUGUAGAGACGCUGUCUCCAAACAAUCUCUUGGCUACGGUUACGUUAACUACCAAAGUCACGAGGAUGGUGAAAAGGCAUUGGAAGAACUCAAUUACACACCUAUCAAGGGCAAGGCCUGCAGAAUCAUGUGGUCCCAAAGAGAUCCUUCUUUCAGAAGAAACGGUUCUGGAAACAUUUUCAUCAAGAACCUCCACCCUGCUAUCGACAACAAGACUUUGCACGACACCUUCUCUGCUUUCGGUAAGAUCUUGUCUUGUAAGAUCGCCACUGACGAGAACGGAAACUCCAAGGGUUUUGGUUUCGUCCACUACGAGGACUCCGAGUCCGCUCAAGCUGCCAUUGAGAACGUUAACGGUAUGCUUUUGAACGACCACGAGGUUUACGUUGCUCACCACCUUGCUAAAAAGGACAGACAGUCCAAGAUGCGCGAGUUGAUUGCCAACUACACCAACGUCUACGUCAAGAACAUCAACCUUUCUUGGGACGAGGCCAAGUUGAAGGAGACUUUUGCUCCUUUCGGUACCAUCAGCUCUCUUUUCCUUAACAAGGACGAGUCUGGAAAGUCCAGAGGUUUCGGUUUUGUGAACUUCGAGUCCCACGAGGACGCUGCCAAGGCUGUUGCUGAACUUAACGACAAGGAGAUUGACGGUCAAAAGCUUUACGUUGGAAGAGCCCAAAAGAAGAGCGAGAGACUCGAGUCUUUGAAGCACCAAUACGAAUCUGCUAGACAAGAACAACUUAAUAAGUACCAAGGCUUCAACUUGUUCGUCAAGAACUUGGACGAGACCAUCGACGAUGCCAAGUUGGAGGAAGAGUUCAAGCCAUACGGAACCAUCACCUCUGCCAAGGUGAUGUUUGACGAUUCUGGAAAAUCCAAGGGAUUCGGUUUCGUUUGCUACAGCUCUCCAGAGGAGGCCACCAAGGCCAUCACUGAGAUGCACCAAAGAAUGGUGGCUGGAAAGCCAUUGUACGUUGCUCUUGCUCAAAGAAAAGAAGUUAGAAGAUCCCAGUUGUCACAACAAAUCCAAGCCAGAAACCAGAUGAGAAUGCAACAGGCUGCUGCCCAAGGAGGUAUGGGACAAUUUGUUGCUCCAAUGUUCUACGGUCAGAACCCAGGUUUCCUUCCUGGUGCUCCAAGAGGUGCUCCAUUCGGAGCUCCAGGCCAGCAGAUGAUGAUGCAACAGGGUAUUCCUAGACCAGGGCAAGGUGUUCCUGUGAACCCUGGUCAAUUCAGAGUUGGACCAAACAACCAGCCUGUGCCAAUGUACAUGCAACCAGUUUUCAACGAGUACCCUCAGAACGGUAGAGUUCCUCAACAGAGAUACUACCAAGGCAGACCAGGACAACAGGGUCCUCAGGCCGGCCAACAAGGUAGAGGUAAGCGUGAAGAAGGCGCUGCUCCAACUUUGGCCCAGGUGCUUCCUCAAUUCCCUCCAGAGCAACAAAAGAGAAUGCUUGGUGAAGAACUAUACCCACUUAUCGUGGCCACUGGUAAGGCCCAGGACCCAGAGGCUGCUGGUAAGAUCACCGGUAUGAUGCUCGAGAUGGACAACCAACAAAUCUUGGCUCUGUUGGAGGACAGAGACCUAUUCAACAGUCAAUUCGACGAGGCCUUGUCUGCCUACGAGGAAUACAAGAACAAGGAGGCUAGUGCUUGA